CUGACGGAUUCAUCACAGACCCGUACAUUUCCCCUUGUCUCUCAGACGUCUCCGCGACACCCGGAAAUUUUGGGCGUUGAACUCCAACUGAAUAUCGCCUGUAAACGCCGAGAAGCAGGGGUUUGACGAGAGGCUUGACGGAUACGGGCAUUACCAGGGCUUCCAAGCAAAACGUAGAGUUCCUGGCGGCCAGUGAGACUGUGAGGAAUGGAGAGGACGAUAUGAGAUUCAGGUGUCUAUCAGGUCUCAUCCUCUUUCACCGCAAUGGGAAACAUGAGUAGCCUGCCCUUUUAGGUACAGGACAGGUUUGACAGGCUUCUUUAACCCGGUCCAAUGAUCGUGAAGCUAAUGGCCGCAUCUGGGUUUGAUAAAUUGGAUGCUGAGUGAGUUGCUCUAUCUGGGUAUUUCGUAUCUUUUUUAAUACUGCAACAAGCCAAGUUUGAGACUGCGCUACAAAUGCAACUGCGACAACUAUUUUUAAUAUGAUUCUUAACUUCUGAAAUAUAGCAGUGUCUACCUAGGGAGACAACAGAGAUACAUCGAAACGCACCGUUCAGUUCCAUCAUUCCACUGUAUUCAGUUGGGUCCCCGCAAACGAAUCCAUCCAUGUCUCUGUCGGUAGACGCUGGCGGCCGAAGCCGGCUCUUAUUAUGGAAGCAUCAUCAAUAAGGCUGCUAAAGUAAAUGGCAGUGGAGCAUUUACAUGCAAGACACAAUGGGCAUUGUGGGCUCACACUUAACAAGGGACUCUUAUCUUGUACGAGAAUUACAAAGAAAAUGUCAUCAUAGCCUGCAAGGUAACAAAUUGUUGACAAAGCUCAGUCAUCUCGACGAUCCAUCGCCGACCCUGAAACUGGAAAUCUGACGACCUUUGUUGUACAUCUGACUCUAUUCCAAUAGAACCCAACACAAAAUGUGUGGAACUAGGUCAUAUCUAUAUUCAAGAAAUCCAAUAUCAAGGUACAGUUCCUGGAGCGUGUAUCAGCACCACAAUAUCCCCACGCAUUUCGGUUCCAGGUCAAUGGGGACGUCAAUCUCUCUUAUGGUCUCAUUGAGCCAUGAGUUCUCUUUCGCUUCCACGCCGACUCCAACAAGCCUGACUCUGUUUGAAGCCACCGCCCCGUCUCGUGUUGUCCCAUGCAGAGUGAGUUCAGUUUGGCCUGCGGCGAUGUUCAGUUCACCUUUUAGCUCUGCCAAUGUUUCACUAUGGCCGUUUCGAAGCUCGAAAAUACAAAAUCCAUGGUCAAGUUCGACAGGGCCUGAGCAACUCCAGCUGAAUACGAUUGUCACGUCAUUACCUAGCCGCGAAAGCUUCUUGACUGCCAUUCUAGGCCCUCCAAUAGCCUUGAGUGGCAUAUCGAGACUGAGGUUGCACACAGACGAAAUGCCAAGUGCUCUGACUGUGCAGUUGCCGUUUUGGAGCUGAAGGUUGGUUUCACCGUCAACUAUGAUGCUCCGAACAAAGGCACAGUAGUUGCUGUGGUCGAUGAUCUCGAUACGCUGUUCCUGAGCAACAAAGUCUGUGCCCCAGAAACUCGUCUGGGUCUGGGGUAACUUGAUCCGUCCAAAUACGGCCCCAUUGAAUGUCAAGGAUGCCUCCGUUGAUAUGAUAGUGCUAGAGAUUGUUCCUGUCCCAAACAUGCGACCCUCGAUAACAAGUUUGAAGGAGCUGAAGCAUUAGCAAGCCAUGGCAUAAAUGGCGGGCAUUAUGCUUACUCUUCAGUAGCAUUGCUUAUCUUGAAUCGAGUGACUUGAAGCCUUGCAAGGUCCAGUAGGUGCUGUACAAUAGCAUCCGCAAUGCCUAAUGGCGAAUAAGGUGCCCUUCUGUUACGGUUUUCAGAAUCAAGGGCCGUUUGGGCAUACUGUUUGAAGAGAGGAGAGCUGGAGAUAAUCAUGGCGGGCGAUUUGCCUGAUAACUUUCAGAUAUAAUGUAAAGUCCAGGAACUACAAACGAAUAUAAAGGGCAAUAGAUAGCAAAGAACUGAUAUGACGGGGUUGAGCUUAGGGGUCCAUUGCAUGUCUAUGUGUCAGCUACAAGCGUAUGGCAGGUAUAAGCACUGCUCGAUAAAUAUUCGAACACGUACAACUCAAGGCCAUCUUAUAUGUAAUUGAGAUAGAAUAUCAAGAUCAUCAUGG